AUGAAGGAGAAACUCGCACGCGUGGAAACACUCGAUACCACAAGUGAGCGUCUGGUGAUUGUGGGCGACAUUCACGGCUGCCUUGACCAGCUGCAGGAGCUGCUGCGUGAGGUGGCAUUCAACGAGGGCAGGGACCAGUUGGUGAGCGUUGGGGACCUUGUCAACAAGGGGCCGGACUCUUUUGGCGUGGUGCGUUUGCUGCAGCGCCUCGGCACGCGUUGUGUGCUCGGCAACCACGACGUGAAGCUGCUGAAGCUGGCGCGUAAGCUGCGCAAAGAGGGCGUUCUGCAAGNAAAGAAUAGAAGAUCGAGUCUCGCACCACUCGCUGAGACGAUAGCGGGCGAUGUCGAGCUGUACCUCUCGCAGCAGCCGCACAUCCUGCGCAUUCCCGCCCACAAUAUUAUUGUCGUGCACGCCGGUCUCCACCCGCACCUGCCACUGGAGCAGCAACACGUGGCUGACGUCACAACGAUGCGCAAUCUCGUGCAACAGCGUGACGGCUCGCUAGUGGCGGUGGAGGAGACCGACAGCGGCGCCGCGUGGGCCUCACUGUGGAGCGGCCCUGAGACGGUUGUCUUCGGUCACGACGCGAGACGUGGCGUGCAGCAGCACCGCUACGCCAUCGGGCUCGACAGCCGGUGCGUGUACGGUGGGCGUCUCACGGCCGCGGUGUUCCCCGGUGGCCGCCUCGCGUCGGUUCCAGGCUGGAGCGCGUCGUCGAAGGUGUGA